AUGCAAAGUUCCCGCAUACAGCCUUUGAAUAAGCAAAAUAUUGUUGCGGGGAAGUAUGUUCUUCUUUUGAUUCGGUGUGUUCGUUCCCAGCAAUUACCGUCAUUUUCAUUCGCAUCGCAAAAGGCCAAUGAACAUGGAGUACCUAUUCUUGCCACAUAUAUCUAUCAACGAGACCGGUGCAAUUUGGCACAACGGAAAUUUCUUUUGGAAGGACUGAACUGUUUGGAAAAUAAUCUAUCGCGUUUGCAUGUACCUUUGCUAGUUGUGAAGGUAAACAGUGAUCAGGAAGCUAUAAAAAUUGUUUUAAAACUAUCUGAUAAAGCUUGCGAAGUGGUCACAGAUGCUGCUUAUUUACGCGAAGAUCGCAGUUUUGACGAAAAUCUUAAUGAUAAACUCGUAAUGAAAUGUCGCAGAUUCACAAAAGUUGAAGGAAAUGUUACUAUACCCGUGACGGUCUUAUGCAAUAAACCAGCUUACAAUGCUAAUACAAUUCGGAAAGUGGUGUGGCAUUUCCUUGACGAUUUUCUUCGUGAAAAAUGGAAUGUUAUUCCAAAAAUUCAUUGUGAGUCAUGGAAGAGUAUAGUAGAAUAUGACUUGGAAUGUAUGGAUAUUUCAUCAGAGUAUAGAAAAGCUGUUGAUGACUGCAAAACAAGCAGUAUAUUAAAGGGUGGCGAAGAUGCUGCGCGGCAAGUCCUGGACUAUUUCAUUGCUAAUAAUCUAAGCUCAUAUGAUAAGGAAAGGAAUGUCCCAAACAGUGGAAAACAGAGUUCACUCUCACCUUAUAUCCAUUUUGGCAUGUUGAAUCCUAUUAUGGUCGUUUCGGAAGUCAAACAGUCUAAAGCGCCAAGAUCUGCCAAAGAUGCAUUUUUGGAAGAAUUGGUUGUUCGGCGGGAGCUAGCGCAUAACUUUGUUUACUUCUACAGAGACACUUACGACACAUUUGAUUGUUUGCCAGAAUGGGCAAAAAAAACGAUGGAUGAGCAUCGUCUUGAUAAACGGGAAAAUAUUUAUAGCUACAAAGAGCUAGAAAAAGGAUGUACGCAUGAUGUUUACUGGAACGCGGCACAAUUUGAACUUGUGUUCGCUCAUAAAAUGUCGGGUUAUCUUCGUAUGUAUUGGGCGAAAAAAGUGAUCGAAUGGUCUCCUGAUUAUGAAUGCGCUUACGCUUUUCUUAUGGAACAAAAUGAUAAAUAUGAGUUGGAUGGACGGGAUCCUAAUGGCUACUGUGGUGUUAUGUGGAAUUUUGGCAUGCACGAUCGGGCUCAUGCGAAUAGACCAGUAUUUGGGAAGAUUCGUUAUAUGUGUGCGGAUGGAAUACGAAGAAAGUUUCGGAAUCAUAUCGAUGAGUAUGUAAAUAUUAACUAUAAACGUGCUGGUCGUACAUUAGAAUUAAACCAUGCUCAAUCAAAAACAAACAGAAAUGAACCAAGAAUGAAGAGAGCGCGUAGAAGAAAUAAUUGA